AUGGGCGUCAAGGGGCUUUGGAGCUAUGUGGAGCACCACAACAUCCAGUACGCAUUCCCCAGCAAAAAUGCGCGCACCGACUGCUACGCGGUGAACCCGCGCCAUCUUCUGGUGGACAUGAACGCUGUGUUGCAUAUCGCAUACGACCCCACGAGGCCGACAACUGCGGCGACGCUGCGCGCGGUGGCAGCAAAGAUGAAUGAGCUGCUCACGUGUGUGCGGGCGCGCGACACGCUGGUCCUCGUGUACGACGGCGUGGCGCCGAUUGCGAAGCUCAAGACGCAGAAGGAGCGCCGCAACUCCCUCUCUGUGCACCCGCCUCGUCCCGCCUCAACAGUCGCAUCGUCAAAGGUCCGCGGAAACAGCAGCAUCCGUGUUUCACCGUGGUACACGUGCGACCCUGUGCUGGGCGACGUGCCACUGCACCGUGAGGAGAUCCUCUGCGGGGCAGAGUUCGUGCUCGCCUGCGAGGAGUACAUCGCAACAUACCUUCAGCAGCGCAAGACCCACUACUCGUGGGCGAAGCUGAUCGUAAGCGGGUGCUGCGAGCCGGGGGAGGGUGAGGUGAAGAUAUCUGCGCUCCUACGCAGGCUCUGGGCAGAGACAGUCGCCGAUGGCAGCUACAGCCCAGACGAUACCGUGACGAUCGUGGGCAAUGACUCGGACCUCAUCCUGGUCGCCAUGGUGGCUGUCCCGUACUCGUACUACACCCUGAUCGACCCAUUUGACCUCAGCCUCACGUCCCUGUGGGAGCUGAUGAACCACUGGUCCCAGGCCGUGCCGAAUCCUCCACUUCCGGCUGAGUUGCUCCCUUCCUACCGCAUCGAUUUUGUGUUCCUGAUGCUGCUCUCCGGCGACGACUACUACGAGGGCAUCGGAGGCGACAGCGUCGCGCUGUGGCGGCGGUACCACCAUCUGCGCGCGAAUGAGGGCUACUUCCGUCGUGCCCUGAUCUCCGGACGACACCUUGAGCUGGAUGUGGAGUUUCUGCGUGCGGUGCUCGUGCGUAGUGGUUCCAUGGCGACACAACUCUUGCGCGUCCCGCGCAACAAGCGCAAGACGGCCAAGGCGCUUCUGCGCGGUGGCGGCGGUGGUGGUGGCGGUGGCGCCAAGGAAGGGACGCAGCUUCUAGCGGCGGCGCUAUGGAGCCUGCGAAGCUAUGUAUUCGGUCGGUGCUCCGACUACGGCUUCUUCCCGCACCAGGAAGGACCUCCGUCCGUGGGCUCGUUGCGUGCUGCCGCGCAAGUGCGGGGGCUGAGUCGGAAGAUCGGCUGCGAUGCCGCCGAAGGGGCAGCCAACGGGAAAGUAGAGGAGGUGACGAGGUCUGUCGGCCCCGUCUUUGCGCCGCUUGAGCAGUGCAUCGCCGUGCUGGGUAUUCGUGGCCGCUUCUCACUUGAGCUGAGCCGCGCCAUUCGAGUGAGCACUAAAGACGAUGGACACAGGCUGACGACGAGCACGUCUAUCGGGCUUCUGACAGAGACAGUAAAGAAUAUCAUGGCAUCUGUGGACACAUCGCGACUAACGGAGGCGGAGCGGCGGUUGAGUCAUUGCCCCAGCGCAGGAGCCAAGGAUGACGAUGAAGAUGUCGCUGCUUUCAUGGGGCUGGCCGACAUCCUUUCCCGAAAGGCGGCUACUGAGAAGGAGAAGCGACCCAAUCAGUCCGACGAGGCACACCAGGCGAGGACAGAGUGUAGCGAUGGUGAGAACGACGAGGACGACGGGGCGGCAUCAGCGUAA